AUGAAGGACCUCCAUGAACGCCAGAGAGUCCGCUUCUCCAAGCGUGCUACUAGUAGCAAGUCCGACCAUCUGCUUGAAGCUGGCCACGAUAGUUCUGCAGAGGAUACUGUGUCUUCCACUGGGAGUGAGGCAGCGGAGGAGGUGGGCCCCCAGGCUUCUGGCGCGCAAAGCGAAGAUAUCUAUGACGAUCUUGUCGAAGAGGGGCACCUUGAUGCAGACUUGCCAAUCCGCCACGACAAACGCCCGCCGUCCCACGAGUCUAAGGCAGACACACCGGAUUUCGCUUUACCACCCAUGAGCACUCGUACUUUCGUGGAUGGCUCGACUAACCACUCGUUGGCCACGGGCAAGCGCAGCGAUCUUGACGACAAGGUGGCGGCCGUUACUGCCGACGACGAGAAAAAGCAGAAGGAAUCGCGCAAUAUCAUAGCCGUUCUCCUGACAACUGUGAUUCAAUGGGUUCGUUGGCGUGUUGAGCUCCUUUUGAGCAUUUGCUGUCGUCGCAACCCGAGUCCCCCGCAAACGCAGCGUAAGCGUCACCCACGAUUCUUCCGGACGGACGGAAAUAUCGUGCUCUGCGUCCAAUCCACGCUCUAUAAUGUCCACAGACAUUAUCUUGCGCCCGACAACGAAAAUUCGGUCUUCACGAACCGACUCAACGAACAACCCGCCACUGAAGACAACCCGUUUGUGUUGGACGUUGAUGACGGCCACGACUUCGAUGCUUUUCUCGACAGGGCAUAUUUAAGGCAUGAAGUUACCAGCGCCGACCUCGACACCUUGGUGGCAGCGCACAAGUUUUCUGAUAAAUAUGGACUACGCCAGGAGGCGCGAGAGACGCUGAAAACCAUCGGUGAAAUCCUGUGCGAGUUUGUCCCCAGCGAGAGUGGCGUUAGCGAGCCCCUUCCAUCGCACCACUUUCCUCCGGCGCGCUGCGUGAACCUCCUUUGCUUCCUUGACAAGACCCCCCCUACUAGUAUUUCGGAGUUCCUGACGAUGUACGGUGGCCCCGUGCGCCAUCACCAUCGUCUGAACCGUCUGAAGCGUGGUCUCGAGGCAACCCUGUUGCAAUUCACCAGGGACCGCGCCAUUCCUUUGCAGGAAGCACUGGAUAUCGCCGAGGAACAUGGCUUCCGCCGUCUGCUGGGGGAGCUUUACUAUCUCGCCCUCCGCAAGAAAUCCCGCGCAGACCGGGCAAGCGGUGUCGUCCCUGCUCCCACCGAGAUCGUCAUGGCCCCCACUAUCUUCGACUUGACAGCAGAGAUGCUGCACGAGAAACACGAGCGCCGUAUCCUGAAGGGGUUUGCGUCUCUAGCCACCUGUGGUCAGCGCGUGGCAAAUGAGUUGCGCGCGGCCAGCCUGUGCGACUGCAACAAACUAACCGCGGACGGAUCCAGCCAGUGUCUCAGAAAGCGGCAGCGCAUGACAUCGGGGGUGCACCACCACAGCCCCGAUCUCCGGCGGUUCUUCGAGUGGGCGGGAAACCCGAAGCAAGCAGAAGAAGUUUGCUGUUCAUCGAAGUCCCGCGAGUUCGGGGAGCGGCUGAGGGAGCUCCACAGGGAAAUGGAUCGUACCCUUGCCGACCAUUUUCUCGAGACGUAA